AUGCUUUUUAAUACUGUAUCUUUACUCUCCCUUGUGGGCCUGGUGCCUACCUUUGCCGCUGCGCGGCUUUCCGGCUCUGUCGGUCCUUUGACUUCGGUCUCCGACAAAGCCGCUGUCAAGACUUGCAACGUCCUUGAUUACGGUGCGGCGGCCGAUAAGUCCACUGAUUUGGGCCCUGCUCUGUCGUCUGCCUUCGACGCCUGCAAGUCCGGUGGUGUUGUGGUCAUCCCGGAGGGAGAUUAUGCGAUGGAAACGUGGGUGAAGCUGGCCAACGGUAAGGCCUGGGCUUUGCAACUUGACGGAACCAUCUACCGCACUGGUACGGAGGCCGGAAACAUGAUCAUGAUCGAGCACACCGACGACUUUGAGCUCUUCAGUAGCACCUCCUCGGGCGCCAUGCAGGGGUCUGGAUAUGAGUUCCACGCCGAUAACAAAUGGAGUGGCCCCCGUCUGCUCCGAAUCUGGGACGUCACCAACUUCUCGGCCCAUGAUAUUAUCCUCGUUGAUUCGCCGGCCUUCCACCUUUCCAUCGAUACCUGCACCAACGGCGAGAUUUAUAACAUGGCGAUCCGUGGUGCCAAUCAUGGUGGUCUGGAUGGUCUUGAUGUCUGGAGCGACAACAUCUGGAUCCAUGACGUCGAGGUCACUAACAAGGAUGAAUGUGUCACCGUCAAGAGUCCCUCCAAGAACAUCCUGGUCGAAAAUAUCUACUGCAACUGGAGUGGCGGUUGCGGUAUGGGUUCCCUCGGUGCCGAUACCGACAUCAGCGCAAUCACCUUCCGGAACGUGUACACUUGGAACUCGAACCAGAUGAUGUUUGUGAAGAGCAACGGAGGCAGUGGAUCUGUUUCCGAUGUCACCUUUGAGAACUUCAUCGGUCACGGAAACGCGUACUCCUUCAACAUCGACAGCUACUGGAGCAGCAUGAGCAGCCUGGGCGGCGAGGGUGUUGAGCUGAGCAACUUCACUAUCAAGAACUGGAAGGGAACCGAGGCCAACGGCGCUUCUCGAGGACCCGUCAAGAUCAUCUGCCCCGACGGCGUUCCCUGCUAUGACAUUAACUUCGAGGACUUCGCCAUGUGGACCGAGGAGGGUGAGAGACAAACCUUCGUCUGCCAGAACGCCUAUGGCUCCGGCUUCUGUCUCCAGGAAGGCUCCGACCACGCCGAUUAUGCCGUCACCACCAGCACGGCCACCCAGGCCCCGUCCGGCUACUCUGCACCUACCAUGGCUUCGGAUCUCACCGCGGACUUUGGUAGCACUGUCUCCAUUCCCAUCCCGACCAUCCCCACCUCUUUCUAUCCGAAUGCUACUCCGGUCAGCGCUCUCAUGGCGGACAGCUCCUCCGGCUCCGUUAAUGCUCGUGAGGCUGUCGUCGCCGUUAGCUCGACCAAGAGCACCGCUGCGACCACCACCGCGGAGCCUACUGCACAGGCCACUGGCAGCUCGGAGGGUGAAUUCCAGGCCCCCCAUUUCUGGCGCCACCAGCACCGUCACGGACAUCUCUAG